UCGCAUAAUGCUUUUUAUGCUUGCCCUAUUGGUUUUUGUUCUGACGCUUUGCGGUUUGUUCUUUGCAAAAGAUAGUUUUAUCAAUCGAGAAAUGCAAGUAUAUCAAAAACAAUUACAAGAACCAUGGUUAAUGCGUCGCCCUCUUAUGGCAUACAAUGGUACGCGUCGUCUAACAUUGAAAAGAAAAUUUAUACAUCGCGGCGAUCCGAAAAAGGUUUAGCCAGACGUGAACGACGAAACUCCACUGGCGGACUAUAGUUGAAACUUAAAGUUCUGGCUUGGAUCAUGAAAAUGGCUGACAGUUUUUUCGUUUGUUAUAGCGAGUCGUGAGUAUACUAGAUUUUGCAAAUCAGUAAUUUUU